UCUUGGGCGGCACGGCACGGCGCAUUAGUUUUUGUCAUGCUCUUCCUAUUUCCGGUUCAUGGGGCGGGCGAGGGUAGUGAGGCGGACAUGGCCGUCGCAAUGGCCCUUGGGCUCUGCCCCUGCCCGCCGACCAUGGCCUGUCCCUGAGCAGCUCCCGCUUCUCCGUCGAGCCGUGGUGCGGACGGAGAGGACCGUGCGCGGCAGCAGGAUGUCAUCACAUUCCCAUACCUCUGCUGUGCUGGUAGUCUUUAUGGCCCUUGCUGUUGGUGUGGGAGCUGAACCGCUGACUGAGAAGAGCUGUGAUGUGGUUGGUGAUGAGAGUACUGAGUCACAAAUGGAAAAAGCCCUGCUGAAGAAACUAGAACCACUGAGUCAAAUAAGAUUUAACACGACUGUGGAGAUUGGCACAACUGAAAACUAUGCCUACCAUUUCAGGGUAUGCAGAGAGGUCAACAGCAGCUUGCAUGAUUUUGCUGGUGUAGUACAAAUGGAUAGGCAGUCUGGAAAGACUACAGUAAUAGGAAGAAUCAAUGAAACCCAGGUCUUCAAUGGAAGUGACUGGAUCAUGCUGAUUUAUAAAGGAGGUGAUUCAUAUGGUAGGCACUGCAGUGGUGAGAAGAGAAGAGCUGUGAUAAUGAUUUCUUGCAAGCGAGGAAUUACAGCGAGUUCAUUCAGCAUUAUUUCAGAAGAGAGGGAAAAGGAGCAGGACUGUUUCUACCUCUUUGAGAUGGACAGCAGUGUGGCUUGUCCAGCUGAGGAUUCUCACCUCAGCACUGGCUCCAUUCUACUAAUCACGUUUUCCUCAGUAAUCGCAGUCUAUAUCAUUGGUGGGUUUCUCUACCAGCGCCUUAUAGUGGGAGCAAAGGGCAUGGAGCAGUUCCCUCACUUUGCCUUCUGGCAAGAUUUGGGCAAUUUGGUGGCGGAUGGCUGUGACUUUGUCUGCCGAUCUAAGCCUCGAAAUGUACCAGCUACAUACCGUGGUGUGGGUGAUGACCAGCUGGGUGAUGAGUCAGAGGAACGGGAUGACCACUUGCUACCAAUGUGAUAGGCUUUCAACACUUCUCCCCAUUUCCCCCCAGCCAGUUCUUCUCUCUUCUGAUUUUUCUUUACAUGAUACGCUUUGCCUGUCUGGUGUGUCAAGUCUCAUGGAUGCCUCUAGGUGUGAACAGCACUGGUCCCCAAUGGCAUGCCUCAUUGCUGUAAUGCUGUUCUGUUUUUUUGUUUUUUUUUUUUUU